AAAAACAACUCGUUCACUCGUUGCAACGUCAGUCGCCAUCUUAUUUCAUUCAUGUCACUUGUGCGCAUAGAGAGUUUUAUACAACAAUAAAUAAAUAAACAAAUUUAAUGUUUAAAAAAAUAAAUUAAUAUCAUUAAUUAAUUAGUAAAAUAAUAAUUAGCUCCAGUAAAUUAUUAGACUCCAAAACAAAAAAUAAAAUUUAAAAAAAUCUGUCAAAGUGAUUGUAAUGAUUGAGCUCAAUCAAUGUUAUAAUUAUGGAGUAAAUUAAUAUAUCAAAUAUAAUUGAGAAUUAUAUUUUCCAAUAAUUGAGCGUGGGAUGAUGUUAAUAAAAUUAAAUUAAUUAUAAUAAAAUUAAAUUGAUAAACAAGGGAGAACUGAAUUGACAGUUUGUUAGCGUCCACACCCGUUUAACCACCUGCUAAAAAUAUUCAUCAACAAUGGGUCGAGAAAGGAGUAGAGAAUUUAUUGAUGAUAAUGAUAUUGAAGAGGAUAUACACAAUGCACCAACAUUACCAUUGAGACAAAAAAGAUUUAUCAGUAAUAUCAGUAUUGACAGAUACUCUGAACGCACAUUGCAUGAUUAUUAUGAAUCGGAGAGUAAUACAUGCAAUGAUUGCAUGGCUAGGAUACCCUAUGCCACCCUAAUUGCAACAAUAAUGUGUUGUUUAGGUGUUGGAAUUUUCAGUGUAUUUAUGCACAAAGGUGCUACACUCACCAACAUCAUGCUUAUUGAUGUGUUUCGUAUUCAAUUAACAUGGCUGGAGCCUCUUCAAUAUACAUUUGCAACAAUUGGAGUGAGUAUGGCUGCAUUGGGAUUCAUGAUUUUAUGUGUUGGUUGUUUGACAACUGGAGCAACACGUCACAAGGUUUAUCGUGCUUGGAGGUCUCGUGUUGGUGGUAGAAUAUCUUGUGCAGUGUUUAUGGCAGUUACGUAUAUUCUGACUGUUAUUUGGCUGUUGGUAUUUGCAGCAUUGAUAAUAAUAACCGUUUCAUUUACAUUUUUUUGGAAAAUAUGCAACAGUGAUGGUGUAGAAAAAAGAGAAACAUGCAUUGAUUUUACACAAUUUAGUUUUGUAUUUCCUGAUGGUCAUAAAAAUGAAUACAUGAAAGCAUGUGAAUCAAGAGAUAUAAAAAUUUUUUGUCGAGAUACUGUUGAAAAAGCUUAUGUUCCAUUUAUAUUUUCAACAAUUGCAUCGGUACUUGUUAUCAUGAGUUUAAUACAUUAUUUAAUGUGUUUAUCUGCAAAUUAUGCUCAUAUUCGUGAUCAUGAAAAAUUUCAAGAACUUCAAGAGCUUCAAUAUUUACAAGAUCCUGGUGAUGGUGAAUCACCACAACAUGGUAUGGGCACACUCUCAUUACAUCAUCGUAGUAAAGACAGAUUCUAGGAUACAGCCCGUGAGAUCUUUGCUUUGAGCCCCAUGUAAACAUCAUCUUUAUUUUUAUUUUAUAAAAUUUGCGAUACUGGGUGAAUCUCUCGUUGUGCACAAGGUCAAAUAUUUAGUUAUUUUUGAGGGUUCAUUGACUAAAAAGAUCUUGCGGGAUAACACUGCUAAUUAUUUUAAUUUUAUAAUGAUUUUUAUAAUCAAUUUUACACCUGAUAGGGAUCAAUAAUAUAUUCAAAAAAAUAUCACUAAAUCAUCUAAACAUUAACGAUAAAUUGAUUGUAAUUUAUUAUCACUUUAAGAUGAGAUUUAAAUAUUAAUUUAGAGCUUUAUUAUGCUCUAUUAUUCCAUGGCCUGCACAAUUAAUUAUAUAUUUUUGAAAAAAAAAAAAAAAAAACAACAGUACAACUGUUUAUUUAAAAUACAAUUAAUAUUUUUUUAUAAUUUGCACAGGGUGUAGUAAUAUUUACAACUAUCAUUUUUAAUUUUUUAUGUUGUAAAUUGGGGUAUUUAUGAAAAAACAGUAUAUUCCGAUCCAGUGUUUUCUUUAUAUGCUUUAUAUAUUGAAAACACAAAAUUUUACGAGUACAAAAGAUAAAUUUUUGCAAGAUAAAUUUUAUUUAAUAAUGAAUUAAUAAUUUUUCUUUUUUUAAUAUUGUGCAAUUACGAAGCGAUAGUUUAAUUUCUAGAAAAUAAAUUUUUAUUUUCAUAUUUUUUUUGACGAUAAAAAUGUGUUCAAAAUUAAGCAUAGCUAUUGCGUUGCUAAUUAUUAUAAUUUUUUUUUUAUAAAAAUUAAUUUAAAUAAAUACGCAAUAAUCCAAAUAGCGUGCCAAAAUGUAAAAAUAUUUUGGUGGGAAAAAUUAGAAUUGAAGUUAGAAAUUAUUGAGAAAAAAAGAAAAAAAGAAAUACGUCCAUGUAGAAAGUAUUAUUGUUACUUUUUCAUUAAAUAUAAUUUUAUACAUAAAAAUAAUUAAAUAUAUAUAUUAUAUAAAAAUUUGAUUAAAACUCAAAAAUAAUAUUGUUUUUUUUUAAACAAAAAACAUAUCAAAUGGCAACUAAAUGACUAAAUUGUCAAAAAAUAUUUAUAUUUAAAAAAAUCACUUGAUUAUAUAUUUGUGUUAAUCAAAUAGAAUAUAUAUAAAUGAUAUAAAAUAUCAUAAUUUUUGAGAAUAAAAAAAAAUGUAUUUAACA